ACUGCUUCUGGAAAAAACAACAGCUAGCAAGCGGAGCUGCUAGAUGUUGUUUGUUAGCAACUAUAGAUAUUAAAGUAGCACUGGAUUUCACCGCAGCCCAUCAGACGUAGUUCCUUAUUAAGCCCAUGGCGAUGAGAGAGGCAAUGGUCCAUGAAGAGUUUUGGAUACACAGAGAGUGGCUCGUCCACCACGGUCAUCACCAGGCACUGGAGUACAGAUAACACCUCCAAACUGGUGUGUGUUUUGGGGGCGGCGGGGGUGCAAAAGGUGACGGUAGAGUAUUCCAGAGAGACACUGGUUGGAGACAGCAGCUUCUGUAAGAUAAACCAUGAUCCCCAUCACUGAGCUGCGGUACUUUGUGGACACACAGCCGGCAUACCGCAUCCUGAAACCAUGGUGGGAUGUGUUCACCGACUACAUCUCCAUUGUUAUGCUCAUGAUUUCAGUGUUCGGGGGGACACUGCAGGUCACUCAGGACAAGAUGAUCUGCCUGCCCUGCAAAUGGGUGGUCAAUGAGACCUGCAAAAAGAACUUCAACGCCACCCUCUCUGCAUCGUUGUUCUUGGAACCCAGAGGGAUCCAGUACGAUCUGGACCGCCACCAGUACAACUAUGUGGAUGCGGUGUGCUACGAGAAUAGAUUGCACUGGUUUGCCAAGUAUUUCCCUUAUCUAGUAUUACUUCACACCCUUAUUUUCUUAGCCUGCAGCAACUUUUGGUUUAAGUUCCCACGGACUAGUUCCAAACUAGAGCACUUUGUAUCCAUCUUGCUGAAAUGCUUUGACUCCCCAUGGACAACUAGGGCACUGUCAGAGACAGUGGUUGAAGAGAGUGACCCAAAACCAAUGAAAAUGAACGGCUCGAUGGACCACAAGGAGUCUGUUAUCAGUGAGGAUGUCGAAGCAAGUGUCCCCAUGCUGCAAAGGACAAAGACACGCUUUGAGCAGGGCAUUGUAGAUAGAACAGAAACUGGGGUGCUGGACAAGAAAGAGGGCGAACAGGCAAAAGCCCUGUUUGAAAAAGUCAAAAAGUUCCGUAUACACGUCGAAGAAGGAGACAUUGUGUACAGGCUGUACAUCCGUCAGACUAUCAUCAAAGUCAUCAAGUUCAUUUUGAUAAUCUGCUACACAGGGUAUUAUGUGCAUGAUAUUAAAUUCAGUGUUGACUGUUCGGUGAAUAUAGAAAGCCUGACAGGAUACAGCGUGUACCGUUGUGCUCACCCAUUGGCUACCCUUUUUAAAAUCUUAGCCUGUUUCUACAUUAGCUUAGUGGUGGUGUAUGGUUUGAUUUGCAUGUACACACUUUGCUGGAUGCUUCGGCGCUCUCUGAAGAAGUACUCCUUUGAGUCGAUUCGGGAAGAGAGCAGCUACAGCGACAUACCUGAUGUGAAGAAUGACUUUGCGUUCAUGAUGCACAUGAUAGAUCAGUAUGACCCUCUGUACUCGAAGCGCUUCGCCGUGUUCCUCUCAGAAGUGAGCGAAAACAAGCUGAGGCAGCUCAACCUCAACAACGAGUGGACACUGGACAAGCUCAGGCAGAGGAUUACCAAGAACUCUCAGGAGAAGCUUGAGUUGCACCUUUUCAUGCUGAGCGGCAUCCCAGACACAGUAUUUGACUUGAUGGAGCUGGAGGUUCUGAAGCUGGAACUGAUCCCUGAUGUCACCAUCCCGCCCAUCAUCGCUCAGCUGGUCAACCUGCGAGAGAUGUGGCUUUACCACACACCAGCCAAAAUCGAAGCUCCUGCUUUGGCGUUUUUGCGUGAGAACUUGAAGUCCCUGCACAUCAAGUUCACUGACAUCAAAGAGAUUCCCUUAUGGAUUUACAGUCUGAAGAAUCUCAGCGAGCUUCAUCUGACAGGGAAUCUCAGCGCGGAGAACAACCGUUAUAUUGUCAUUGAUGGACUCCGGGAGCUCAAGAGGCUCAAAGUUCUUCGUCUGAAGAGCAAUCUCACCAAGCUACCUCAGGUGGUGACUGAUGUGGGCAUGCACCUCCAGAAGCUCUCCAUCAAUAACGAAGGCACCAAGCUCAUGGUGCUCAACAGCCUAAAGAAGAUGGUGAACCUGACAGAACUGGAGCUCAUUCGCUGUGAUCUUGAACGCAUACCGCACUCAAUCUUCAGCUUGCACAACUUGCAGGAGAUUGAUCUGAAGGACAACAACCUGAAGACCAUCGAGGAGAUCAUCAGCUUCCAGCACCUUCAUCGGCUUGUCUGCCUUAAGCUCUGGUACAACCAGAUCGCCUAUAUUCCCAUCCAGAUUGGCACGCUGACCAACCUGGAGAAACUUUACCUGAACAGAAACAAGAUCGAGAAGAUCCCCAGCCAGUUGUUUUAUUGCCGAAAGCUGCGCUUCCUGGACCUGAGCCAUAACAACCUCACCUACAUCCCCACAGACAUUGGCUUCCUCCAGAAUCUUCAGUAUCUGGCAGUUACAGCCAACAGGAUUGAGAGCCUGCCUAAUGAGCUGUUCCAGUGCAAGAAGCUUCGCACUUUGAACUUGGGGAACAAUUGCCUGCAGUCUCUGCCGUCGCGGUUUGGAGAGCUGACUGGGCUGACACAGCUAGAGCUGAGAGGAAACCGUCUGGAGGGUCUUCCCGUGGAGCUGGGCGAGUGCCGACAGCUAAAGAGGACCGGCCUUGUGGUGGAGGAGGACCUUUUCAACACCCUGCCCACGGAGGUCAAGGAACAGUUAUGGAAAGUUGACAAAGAACAGGCUUGAAGAGGUGUGUGGCCGUGAGUGAAAACAGAUACUGAGCAUUUGGGCCCGGGCGUAGAGGAGGAACGCCUCUGCUGUCCCAGAGGGCUUGUUGAAGCAGGCAGUAGUCCUGCUGCAGUGUACUGCCAGUAAGGUUGGGUAUUGAGAAUUAGAGACACUUGGGCAGGGAGUACUGAUAGCUUCCUGUUGUUCUAUAAAUUCUUACCUGCAGUUGAUUUUCCUUCCUUUACAAACAACUUCUCAGGCAUUCCCAUGAUGCUUUUCAGCAGUAAUGUGGCAGGGACAGUGUGAUCUGCAGGGUGUGUUUACAUGUUAUGCUUCUCAGUUAUCUCAGUAUUCAAAACUGUCGGCCAACUUUGUUAAAUACAGAAAAAGAACGCAAAGUUUCCACUAUUCACAUUUACAAUAACAUAAAAUUCUUGUCUAAUCAAGAUAGAAUAAAUGAUUAAAUUAAUCUGUCCAGUAUUGAUAGUUUUACAGAUAAGAUAGCAAAGUGAUCACUCAGACAUCUGCCUCUUAAUUUGUGUGUAUGGGUUGUCAAAUCCCAAACUCCCAAUGCUAUCAUAAAAUGAAAAGUAAUUAAUCAUGAAAUUACGACAGGCGAGAUGCUUUAAUUCUGGUUGUUUUCUAAGUAAAAAUUAUGCACAUCUUUACUCACAGUAUUUGACAAGUUGUCUAAUUAAAUCACCAAAUAUUAUAUUUGUACAUAGACGAGGUUCCUGAAAUUCCUGGAAAAGUUAUGAAAUUAGAAAAACUGUUUUCUAACCCUGAAAAUUACUUGAAUUUAGCAGAAUGGUUUGGAAACAUUUUGAUUAUUCAUGGUUUUCAGCUAUUGUUGAAAAUGUGUCUAGGUUUAGGCAAAAUGAAUUCCUUGUAUUACUAUUUUAAGCUCUAGAUCCGCACUGCAUGACCGUUGAAACAUUACUUAUAUCACGUGAUACACAUUUGCGUAUGCAGCUAGUUGGGGGCAGGAAUGUCUAACAUGCUAAUUCGUAAAUGCCUGGGAAGUGUGUUUUUAAUAAUGAAUGGCAUUUGGACGACAAAUAUAAUACAUUGUCUCUAGAGAGGCAGACCAUAGCCAUGCUGGACGAAGGCUCUGCACCAAAACGUCGGUAGCUAAAUUUAGCUGGAAGAAGAUGAAGUGUGUGAUCUCUCCACAUUUUAGCCCUACUUUAAAUCGUUUGUGGUCAGAGAGGCGCCCAGGCAGGCUGUUACUAAUUUAGAUAAAGUUAUGGAAAUGUGGUAAAAUAUUAUGGAAAUGUUUUAAAAAUUCAUUCUUAGUAAUGUGGGAACCCAGUGACAGGAAAACUAUACACAGUCAAGUCUGCAAUCCCAUAAGUUUGACCUAUUAACGUAAAUUGUAACCAUGGUGGUCGUUGUUUUUCUGCUGUUUUCCUGGCCCUCAUAUGUUCUCAGUCUGAAAUGAAUCGGAAAAUCAUGAGCGUAUGACAAGCAAUCAUAAAUCAGGGAUAACUAAUGAUGAGUUAGAGCGAGAAAAGUUAUGGACUCUAAAACCCUUGUGUCUGAGAGAGUGUUGCAUAAGGUGGAAGGCAGAGAGUCAUCGAGGAGACUAUUGGUAUUGCAAGUGCUGUAGAGACUGAUGAGUUGUCUUCGGUUGGCCUGAGUCUUUGGUAGCAGCAGUACAACAUGUGGUAUUAGACUGAAGAGUGCAGACGAAACAUGGAGCCAGUUUGGCAGAGUGGAGGGACUGAUGGCCUCUUUCUGGGAAAAGAUGAGUAGUGUGUUUGACUCGGUGCUUGAGGACAGGCAAUUAUUUUGUUGAAUGCUAACCAGUCGACUGUUAUUCCAAAAUAUCACCCCCAUACAGUCGCACAAGUGGAGCAUGUUAUCAGUGAGCAGAUACCCAACCCUUACUGCCAGUAUGCUGUUCAGCGGGACUCCGGCAGAAUAUGCUUCAUGGUCAUGCUGCAUCCACGACGUUUGUAAUGAAUUGCACAGAACAAAAUGAACAAAUCUUGGGAAAAUGCUGAAAAGGUUUUGAAUUAAAUGAGUCAUGUCUGCAUCAAAAUAAAGUUUAUACAGGAUAACACAAUACUGUCAUAGAAAUGGAGCCUCAAAAUAUUAGUAAUAUAUCUGACAAGAGUGUAGAUACUUACCUGAAACACUAGAUUGGUUUAUUACUUAUUUUGUGGUGGAUAUGAAGUAAGCACUGAUCUACUUGUGUACCCUGAUAGCUGAGUGUUUAUUGUCUGCAAAUGACACGUAAAAGAACCAGACAUGUCCUCAAGUAUGUUUGGUAACACUUUCCGUGAAGGUAUCUACAUAAGAGUGACAUGACACUGUCAUAACUAUGACAUGACACUGUCAUGGACUUGUC